CGUCGUCGUCAUUUUGGUCACUGAGCUCCGAUGUCGGCAACGUCUCCCGCCGCCGUCGCCGAGAAAGGCCUUCAAUCCGGCGAGAUCUCCGCCAUGAUCAAGAACGGCUUCCUCUCCCCAACCUACUCUCCUCCACCCUCCACCACUACCACCCCAUCGUCCCCCAAACCGAGCACUCUCUUCGAGAUGAUCUCAAAAGAGGACUCCCUCUCCCGUCCACCUCCUCCUUCUCCUCUGCCUCUUCCGGUCUCCGGCAAUGCCCACCGCCUCCGCUCCCUGAUCUCCCGCCUCACGGCGGAGGUGACCUCAGCCUGCGGCCCCGGAGAUGUCAACCUCUCCAUUACCUCGCGGGAGGGGCUCAGUAUCUCGAUUAAAGCUCACCGCCGGGUUCUCAUCGACCGGAGCCGGUUCUUCGAGGAGAAGCUCAGUGGCAGCGGCAUUGGGGCUUGGGUCACUGUAUCGAUCUUUGACUGUGACGAUGUGGAGGUCUACCUUGAGGUUCUGGCCAUGAUGUAUUGCCAUGAUCUCAAGAAGAGGCUCAUUGGCGAGGAGGUCUCUAGGGUUCUUGAAUUCCUAAAGGUAUGUCUAGCUAUCACGUUUGACGCUGGAGUCAACUCGUGUCUCGACUUCCUGGAAGCUGCUCCAUGGUCAGAAGAUGAGGCGGGGACGAUUGUAUCAGUCCUCAGAUCAUUUCAUCUUCAGGAUCGGGAAACAUUGGUUCUGCAGAGAAUCUACAUGGAGCCGACUAAUUCUAUGAGGACUGAUGACGUUCUUCUACGACUUUUGUCUGGUGUACUGCAAGCAAAGAAUGAGAAAGCUCGGCAAGAGAUGAAAUCUUUGUUAGCUGCAUUGAUCGGAGACAACAUUGAACAGUUUGAUGUUUCUUCGAAUACGCUUUAUGAUCUCUGCCGCAAGUGCCUGAGUUCGCUACGGCUUUGUCUGUCAGAUGCUAAAAACUGUGAUGAGCGCCAGAGAGAUCGAGGGGUUCUCAUGGGCGAGAUAGCCCGAGCAGCCGAUAACAUGCUGUGGCUUGUCGAGAUACUCAUAAGCAGGAAAAUGGCUGAUAAUUUUGUUACUCUGUGGGCUGAUCAGAAGGAACUUGCUAGCACGCACUCGAAGACCCCGCCUAGGUAUCGGUUUGGGAUCAGUAGUAUUACUGCUCGGCUUUGUGUUGCGCUCGGGCAUGGGCAGGUCUUAGUGUCUGGAGAUGUAAAGCAUUCGCUAUUGCAAACAUGGCUCGAACCUCUCUAUGAAGACUACUUUUGGUUGAGAAGAACCGACCGGGCGUUCAACCACAAAAUGGUAGAGGAUGGACUAAGUGAAACUAUCCUCACUCUGUCAAUGGCGCAACAAGAAGCGAUCUUGUUGAGAUGGUUUGAUCUUUUCUUGAACAAAGGCGAUGACUGUCCCAACAUUCAGAAGGCACUUAAGGUCUGGUGGCAAAGAGCUUUUAUCAAGCAGCAUGUUGUCAAUAAUGAAGAACAAUCACAAUUGCAGAUCACCGUCUCUAGUUUUCCAAGGUAAAUUUGUAGAGUCAUUCUUUUGUAAAUAAAGUCCAAUUGUACAUUGAUGUUUUCAAGAACUUCAUAUGUUCUCCUAAACAAUCCAAUACAUUGAGGAUUUCAUUGAA